GCAUUUCCUGGUGAAGCGCCUGUACCUGUGUGAUGACUAAAUAAAUGCCACGUAUCAAGUCAUUGAUUAAACUGGAAACACAGAAGUCAGAAGAAGUUGUGCUCCUUAGACACUCUUUCCAAAACGUAUUAUUCCUGUUUAGUAACAGGUUAUGCUACAUUAAAGUAAAUCCGCAGAGGUCAGGGAUUCAGGUAGCAAGCAUUCAGCAAAUAAUUCGUAUUUCUAUCAGCGCUUUAAAACCGCAGGUUUAACAUGUAGUAUUGUACAACUACCUUUCUCCACGACGCGUUAAAGCUUCCCAGACAGAUUUAUUUUAGUAUCUUGACAUUUGCUGCCCAGUAGUACCUUAUUAGAAGUCGGUUACCCGCCCCAUUCCCAGAAAUGUCUGAGAAACAGGAGAGCCCGAACCAGUCCAUAUAGCCUGCGGCACUUCGUCUGGAAGGUGUCAGCACCACAGUCAUUUCUUACCCACGCCUUCUUAUCGCUCCACUUAGAGGCCUGGGCACAGGCUCACCCAGACCAACAUAAGCCGGUGUCCUCGGUUAUCACUGUGUGUGCAGAUUUACAGCUUACCUCUGCUGCUGGUGGUGGUGACGUCGCGCCUGUGCAGAUUAGCCACACUCGGGCAGGAAGAUGGCGGAGCCGAGCAGAGGAAGCUCUCCAGAAGCACCCUUGACAGAAGCUGCAGCUGUUUCCAAAAUGAAUGACAGAAAAAAUCAUGUUAAUGGCACUGCAUCACCUGUCCGUGUAAAUCAGAAUGCAUCAGACGGGCUUUUGAAGACUGAUGACCGGCAAAGGUUAGCCAAAGAAAGAAGGGAAGAAAGAGAAAAAUACCUUGCUGCCCGUGAAUUACAGAUCCUUGAAAAGGAGAGAAAAGCAAAACUCUCAUAUGAGAAGCAAAUGGAGGAACGAUGGAAGAAGCUGGAGGAGCAGAAACAGAGAGAAGAUCAGAAAAGAGCAGCUGUUGAACAAAAAAGAAAGCAGAAACUCAGAGAGGAAGAGGAACGUUUGGAGGCUAUGAUGCGACGGUCUGCUGAACGCAGUCAGCAGUUGGAACAAAGGCAGAAGAGAUGGUCUUGGGGAGGAGCCCUGACUGCAGGCGCAGGUGGCCGAGAGGGUGGCUCAGAAAAUACCCUACCCCUUCCUCUAGAUUUAGCUGCCAGCACCCCUUCUUCUGACCCUGUGACCUGUACUGAUGCUGAUUCCAACAAUGUGAAUGACAAACUUUCAGCUUCUGCCAUCAACCUUCCAAGGCAACUCGACUCUGCAAUCACUAAGAGGCUGUCUUCCUCCACAGCAGCAAUUACGCAUUCCUCUGAGAGAGCUCAUCGCAUGCAUCUUAGCCCCAUGGAAAACCUUAUUGUUUCUCGACUGCAGACCCCCACACAGUCCUCAUUAGCACGGAGCAAAAGUGCUUUAGUGCUGUCUGAUCACUGCAGCCAUCUUGCAGCAUAUUCUGUCUGUCCUCGUGUAGCAUCUGCCAGCCCAGUUAAAUCUCUCUACAAACCUUCAGCCAGAAAGAAAUCGGCUCCUUCUUCCAGUCCCUGCGAGGAAGCAAAAGGAGCAGAAGCUGCUGAGCAAACACAGAAUGAGAAGCCAAAGAAAGAAAAACGAUUUUCAACGUCUGGCUUGCCAAACAGUACAGGAUCUCCCCUUAGAAGAACUGAAUCUCCAGUAGGUGCGUGCAGAAGACCAACAUCACCACUUACACCAAAGCCUGUUUCAAAGACUCAUCCACUUUCUCCAAAUAAACAGUUUCCAGCUUCUCCCAUGAGACAGCGACUUCCUUCAAAUGCAGCCCAAGAGGCUUCAAAAAAGAAGACAGAAAAAGAGAAAGAGAAAAAAGAAGUUGCAAACCAAAAAACUUUAGCAGAAGAUGCUAAGAAUCUAGCAGCACAAGGCAGUAACAUGUCACCUACAGAGAAAACAGAUACAAAAGAUGGUCAGGCAAAGGAGACCACCAAACUGGCUGCAGAUUCUACAUCCACUGCAUCUUCUAGUAAACAAGCUGGUACAACGGAUGCAGAUGAAGCUGCAAGGAAUUUAGCUGAAAGAAGGCGCCAGGCUCGAUUACAGAAAGAGCGUGAAGAACAAGAGAAACGUGAGCAAGAAGAAGCUGAGAGGAUUAGAAUAGAAGAGCUAAAGAAGAAGGCUGCGGAAGAACAAGCCAGACGUGAAGAAGAAGCUCGAAAACUUGAGGAAGAGAGAAAGCGUGAGGAAGAAGAAUUCCAAAGGAAGGCUGAAGAAGAACGACUCUUAAAGGAACAGCAAGAAAAAGAACUUGUGGCAAAACGAGAACAGCAGAAGGAAGAAGCAGAAGCUAAGGCUCGGGAAGCACAAGAGCGUUUGCGUCAGGAAAAAGAGUUAGUAAUGCAGCAAAUUGAACAAGAAAGGCUGGAGAGAAAAAAGAGAAUAGAAGAAAUCAUGAAGAGAACAAGGAAGAAUGAAAUACUGGAUACAAAGAAGGAAGAUUCUAAAGACGAUUCUAAGCUGGAAAGGCAACCUGAAGUAAAUGCUGAGUCUGCGCUUGCCUCCUCAGAUGCAACAGAUAAAAAAGAUCCUGAGAUGUUGCCUGCUAAACCACCUUCUUCUGAAGUGUUAUUAAAUGGACUUUGCGUUUCUCCUCACAUUGUUCAUUUGGAUGCUAUUGAUGGAAAAUCUGCAAGUGUGGAUGAUUCCACAGACGAGGUUCAAUCUAUGGAUGUCAGCCCAGUGUCAAAAGAGGAGCUAAUUUCCAUCCCCGAAUUCUCACCAAUGAAUGAAAUAACGCCAAAUGGGCUACCAGGUCAGAAUGGAGUGAGCAAUGCCAAAGCCCUGGAAGAAUUACUAGAUUUGACUGGCCAUGCCACCUACCCCAAAAUUUCCAGUGAGACCAUCAGCAUGGAUGAUUGUAACAAAAACUUAAUUGAUGGAUUUUGCAGUUCUGGACAAGAGAUGCCGCUCAUUACAUCCAUAACACAGUCUGUUGAGAAAAUAGAUUUCCAGUAGAGAGAACAAGAUUCACACAAGUCUGGAUUCAGCACCAGGUGUUCUGUCAUUUUGCUUUGGGCGGUUGGCAAGCUACAGCUCAGCUUUAUCUGCAUACACUUGGUACUCUGGAAUCCAAGCACUACUGCUACAUGUGCUAUAUAAUCUUUGUAUUGCUUUCACGUGGGGUAACUAUUAAAUUUGCCUGCUGAGCCAGAGGCUGUGAGAACAUUGCCUCAUUAGCAUUCAGGGAUAUUUUGCUCUUUUUCCAAAACAGGGGGCAAAGCUGGUGAUGAUAGAACAGUUUAUAAGGCAACUCAUCUGACAAAAAGAGUCACUGUGAUUUAUGGUAAUAUGUAUUGUGUAUCUUGCAUUAGCUAUUUUAUAAAUUUUAGUUUGACCAUUUUAGCCACUGAACUUGAAUGUAUUAAGAACACACUGUAUGUGUCUGCCUGUUGUAAAAACAGUCAAUGAAUGGUUGUGCAUAAUGUGUAGUAUUUGUUGUGUAUGAUUGCUGCCACAUGACAUAACUUACAUUUAAAUUAAAGACAUUUUUUUAAUUGGCUAUUGAGACAUAACUGAUACGCAUGUGAGAAAGAAGUGGUUUCAGUUUUGUAAAAUGCAGUACUGUGGGAAGGGGAGGGCAUGAAUUAUCUGGCUUCAGUUAUAUGAAGUAGCAUUAUAAAUCUUUGCCUGUGAAUGCCACUCACUGUCCCAUCAGUUUAGUUGUAAACUGUUUUACUUAUUUUAUAUAAAUUGUGAACAGAAAAUUAGCCACAUGUGGCUCUGUAUCUCAUUCACAGUUUUCUCCAAGGUCUAUAAAAAGAUGUAUGGGUUUUGAUACCAGUGUCAAGUGACAUAAAUAAAAUAAGAUGUGCAUCAUUUUUAUUUCCAUUUUCAUAAAGAGCUCUACAAUUAAACUGCCAGAAUUAAAAAUUCCUUUGUGUGAAUUAUACUUCUCUCGCAUUGGCAGUAGCUGUUAUCUUGAAUCUCUUCAAGAGAGUUAUAAAGUGAUAUUAUAGUUACUUUGUUACAGUAUUUUUGCAAUUGAAACCUAAAUUAAAAGUGUUAGAUUUGCCAUGUGUUAUUUUGCACUGCCAAUAGGAGGAUAAGUAAUAAUGAUGCUCCACAUUAGCCAUGUGGGAAAUAGCUUAUACAGUCGUAAGAGUGCAACCUAUCAACAGUCAUGUGCCAUGGUAUGUUGUUUGGAUAAUUUUAAGUUACCAUUUUGAUGACAUCUGUUAACUUCUAUGGCAUAAGUGGAUUGUAUUUAGUCUAGUAACUUUAUGUGGCAUAUCACUGCAAUUACUAAAUGCAGUUUCAGCAGCACUGACAAAGAAAUUUAGGAAAGCAUUUGCCUGCCUUUGUUAUUAAUGAUGCUGUUUAAAACUAGGAAACUUGUAAAAUGUCAUUAGCCAAUAUUUUGGUGUAUGUAUGUGUGUAUAUAUCGGUAUAUAUAUAUAUAUAUAUAUAUAUAUAAUAUAUAUAUAACAUAUAGAUUUAUAGUCCCAAGCUGUACAUUUGUUUUAAUUUAUAUUGUGUUUCAGAAGUACAUAUUGUACUAUUAUAGUUGCUUUCCUGUAACCUGCUGCAUGAUAUUAUGUCUUCCAAGUAAUUGUACAAUGGUUUCCUCUAGCAUAAUAUUAACCUGACCUUUACUAAUUUGGCUUUUACUUGUUUUUUUAAAGAGACGAUGACAGGAGGCAGUAUUUUACGAUAUAGUAUGUUUCUUGAAAUUAUGAUAAGCCUUCACAUGUGCAUGUUAUGUGCUGUAUAGUACCAUGUGGUUAUAUUUAAAUACAACUUCAUUUAGGGACACUGCCUUGCUUGCUGGUUAUGAUUUCUUGAUGCACUAAAUGUAAAUGGUCAUAUUUUUCAGAAGUUUUCAAAGGUACCCUGCUUUUUAGAGUAGUCAUACAUUUUGAAGUAACUGAUAUCCACUCAGAGAGCACAGAUUUUUUUGCCUAUAUUUAAGAUAUAAUCACUUUACAAGACGUACUGCCAGAAAAUGUUUAUGCUAUGAUGAACUAUGUAGUGUAACAUGUCACUGAAUUACAGAAAUUGUAAUGAAUUAUAUAUUUAGUACUGUCUAUGAAGUGAUAAUAUUGUUCUGUUUAAAAAUGAGCAUGUAAAGCAAGACAGUUGUGACCUUAAUCAAAAUUCACAUUUCUGUUACGUAGUAAACAUUUACAGUUGUGAAUAACUGAAUUUGUUACUGUCAAGACAUCUGCUUGGAGAAAUAUGUGAAAUGGUUUACUGAAUUUGUUCAGGUUGGUUCAUAGGUUUGAUUAUCAGGCUUACAACCUAGUGGCCUUCAAGAACCUUGACUUCCUUACCACCAUGUUGAUAUUUCUACUUCUCAUAACACAUAUCAAGAUUAAUUUUGGCGGAGGUUAAUGGCUAACUGAUUACUGAUCAUAACAAGCUAUGUGAACUCACUUCCCAUAUCUGAAAGUGAUUUAUUAACAUCCUCUUUCCAGAAGAUUUUGAUAAAUUAUAAAGCACCCCACUAAAGCCUUCUUAACCACUUUCUGUGCUUUGGGAGGGUUAUGACUUGAUGUAGAGCAGCACAACAUGUAUUUACUGUUCUUAAUCACUUUAGAUAACCAUGUGUCUGUUACAUGCAUGCAUGAUUCCUAAAUUCAGUACGAAAGGUACAAAAAGACAUUGCCACAUGUAAUGACCAGAUCAUGCUUCUGUGGCACUUCUGACAUAGCUAAUGGUUGGGAUUUCCUCUUCUGAGGAACCUCUUUUAUUAAGAAUUGUUGUAGACACUAGCUUCUGCUCUUGGAGGAGGGCAUGAUGACCUCCUGACAGUCUGUGCUAUGAUAUCUCAGGCCAGAUCUAGAAGGGUGCAUUCAGCUCUAUGAUCCCCAGCUCAUUUCUGCUGGUUGAAUUCAUUGCAUAUCAGUUCUUAUGUUCAUUUUAGGGAAUAUGCCAUGCUCAAUGCCUUCUAUGUGCUUUUGUGGGCAUUGUGUCACCAGACAAGACCUACAGGGGUGCUGCCUUUACUGCCUGGAAUAGGAACACAGUGUGAAGAAAUGCCCCAAGUGCCAGCAAUGUAGUCCAUCUGCCAGAAGAAGGAAGGGUAAGCAGCCCAAAACCUGCCAUACAUCUUCCAGCAUGUCAGCUUUGGAAGGCAGCCAGUGCAAGGAUUAAUAGAUGGUUCUCUUGCCUGAUCCUGGGCACAUCAGAGAGAAGAAAUAUAGCAAAGGAGCCCUGUGUAGGCAUCUCAUGAACAGGUAACACUUUGGGUCUGUGCUUCCCCUUACACUGAGGAUUAAUCACCUGAUCCUCAGCAAACACUUGUCAUUUAUCCUAUGUCAAAGGUGUUGGGUGAGUAUAAGCCACUGUAUGCUGGAGCUAGCAGGGAGAGGAUAUCUUCCUUCCUUUCUGAAUCCAUGUAGCAUGACAAUUCAGAAGAGACCAAAAUUUUUCCUUCUGAGACGUAAAAAUAAUGAGACAUCCCUAUCACUAAAACACUUCCAAAUAUAAAUCCUCCUUUAGAAAGAUAUUCAGACUCAUGGAGUCCUGUGCGGAUUGGUCCCCCCCCCCCAAAAAAAAAAGGCUUAGCCAGUAUUUGGGAAGUAAUCCAGUGUCAUUCUCCAUCAUGGAAUCUGUUCUUAAAGAUGCUGCCAUAGUGGCCUGGAUUUGCACAGAUUCUGCUCCUUCAGCUCCUGAGAAGGCUAACACCAUCUGUAAAUCUGUAGCAGAGCAGAAUAAGAUUCUAUCACAUUACUCAGUGGUGGAUACCUGCAUGACUUCAAGUUCAGUGUUUAAUUUUCAGUGUUUAGGAGACAAACUUCAAAAGCCCACAGUGGGACAGUUUAAGAGUUUGCCAAAAAUAAAAAAAAAAUAUUAACACAUUCAGUGUUGGAUUCCUGUGUGAUUUCAAGUUCAAUGUUUAGAAAAACUCAAAGGCCUACAGUGUGUUUGGCAAUUAAGCAGUAUGCCAAAAAAAUUCCUCAAAAGUCCCAAGUAUCACAACAGCUUUCAAUUUUGCCAUUAGUUAAGGAAUCCCUGAUAAGUCUUACAGGAGUUAGGCAUCAGAUGAAACUACACAGAAGUCCUAACUAUCCCUUGGUAGUGCAUACUGGUGGCUUAUUCUCCAAGUUUGUGUCAGCCUGGAGAACCUCCAUCACCAAAGUCCAGUCGGUUGUCUCACAUGAUCAUGUCUUAGAGCUCUUAGGUAAUGUUUAAGAAACCAGUUGGUCUCUAUGGAUCUCUAAGAGCAAGUCCAAACAUUACUCCUCAGAAGGACACUUAAGAGUAUGUUUGUUUUACUUCUCAAGAGGGAGGCUUUUAUUCCCAUCCCUCUUCCUCACUGUGAAGGAGAUGGGAUUACUCAUCCCGUAUUGGGUCACACUGACAGCAGCAGCUGCCUUUGAUUAGUGAAAUUGCAGAUGGUGACUCUUCAAGGGGUUAUUUUUCUGCUUCCACAGAGGCUCUGGAUGGUGUCUUUAGACAUGAUGGAUAUAUUCUGGCAUGUAAGUGUCUGGGAGACUCACAGAAGCUUUGCUUAUUUCACUUUGCCUGCACUACUCUAAGUAGAAGCUGAUGUUCUCUGGUUCAACAUCAUGCCCAUAUCAUUUAUUGAAGUUAUGGUCAACCAAUGACUGUAAGACGUGUCUAUCAUUGUUAUCUUUCUUAGGUGACUGAAUGCUGAUGUCUCAGUUAAGUCAAUACUUGGUAUUGUCCUUUUCCAUUCUCUUUCCAUGGUGGCAGGUUCUGAGUGUGCUGUUAACUGGGAGAAGACCUACUUUAUUCUGGUGCACAGGAAUUUCUUUGUUAGAGUGGAAAUGGAUACUGUAUAAUGCUGGUUAUUCCUGCCUGAAGAGAGGAAUGAAGGAAGUCAUGAAAUUGGCAUUGUACGUGAAAAAACAGAGAAGAGUUAAUACUCAAACCCUCCUGUACAUCUUGUGCCUCAUGAUAACCACCAUCUUGGUCUGGAGCAUGCUUAAUGGUAAAGUAAGAUGCCAGUGGUGGGUGAGUUUCCCUUCCUAUCCUUGAUUCAGUCACAGAGUAUAAUGGUAGAUGUUUAUUGUUGAGUUAAGGAGCCCAUUUUGAGAUCAUUCCUAAUAUAGUGUAAGUGGGACCCCUGAGAAAAGAGGAUUAAGCUGAGGAUUUUGUUUUACAUUCUAAAUAUUAUGGAAAAAGAGUUAAGACCAGAGCUCUACCUUUUGUGAUCAGCCAAGCUAUAGUGGCUGAGAAGGAUGUGGUUUCAGGUACUCAGGCCCUGGCAGUACAGGAAUCCAUUCCAGUACAAACCAGGAGUCACUCUGUGUGAUGUAGAUAUCCACUUCUACAUUUGAGCCAGGUCGCUGUCCUCAUUUAGGUUCUGUGACCCUGUCAGACCUUCCUUCAGAGCUCUUGGAGGUCAGUGAAGUUUUUAGAAGGCUUCCAUUUACCAGAUAUAUUCUUCUAGUUGGAAGCGAUAGUUCAUUUUACCAAAGUAUCAUGACUUCUGCAAGCAGUAAGCUUGUGGGUAAUUUUUGCCCAUGUCAGACACCUGUUUCACUUGGGGCUUAGUUACUCCUCAGUCAUGGUGCAUGUUUCUGCCAUUUUAGCUUAUAAUGACCCUGUGGAUAAGAGUAUUGUGGCCCAGAAUAGACCCAGCUUUCAUGAACCCCUCCCCUCCGUAGGACUUGAGCUUCAUGACCAACAGGUGUGUUUAUGUCCUCCCUUUGAACCAGCUAAAUUGGAAUACUGGAAGUUCAUCUCAUGGAAGAUGUCAUUUUUGGUAGCUAUUAACUUCACCCACAGAAUCUUUAAAGCUACAGGGUAUGCAUUUUAGGAAGCUGUAUUUGGUCUUCCACCUGUAUUGGGUGUUGUUCCCUAUGUCCAAUUUUUCAGUCAUUCCAUUCACUUCCAUGUUUUAUUUCUUGGAACAAGAUUCAGGUGAGAAAGGCCUCACACAGUUGUCAUUACAGAUUUUAUCUGAGAAGUGUGCAUGAGGUCAGGAACAUGGACCAGAUUUUUGUCUCUUUGCUUACUUAAAGAAUGCCUAACAAUGGCUAAACAAAUCCAAGAAAAAUGGACUACUGACCACAUUGAUUUUUGUCAUUAAUCAGCUGGUGGCCCAUUUAUCAAUGAGUUUGUAAGCUUCUGUUAUAGACAUGUGAUUGCUUCUGUAUGUUUCAGGACUGUAUCCAUGGUCAUUUGGUCAUCAGUUCACACUUUUAUCAAGCAGUGCUACUUGGACAAUGAUUCUGGGAAUCGGGCAUCCAUUGGCACUAAGUGCUUUCCCCAAUUCUGCUUUCAGAUAUGUUAAUGCUCACCAUAUUGAGAGGGACCUAUCCUUUGGAUGCUUAAUACCCUUCUACCAUCUCCAUAUGCUUGGAUAGGCCCUUCUCUCACCUUUCAAAUGGCUGCCCUGGUAAGUCUAUCAGGUUUAUAAUUCUCUUUACUUGUUUAUCAACUUCCAGUUACCGCGUUUCCAUGGGAAUCGGACAUACCCAUGGGGCUUGAUUUGUAGGAGGCACACAAACUACUAGUAGCAGAAGCUGGAGAAUGCAAGAACCUUUGCUGAAAAAAGGCGCAUUCUAUAAGUCAUUGAUUGAUAUGUAGGGCCUCCUUGACGGUAAAGUCUGUUGUGGGAAAUUCCUACAUAUCUGGUAUUUCCUGAAAUUAUGAGUGGCUUUCCUGUCCAUAGUUUUGUAGAUUAUUUCAUGUUAUUGCUUUCUGUAUUAACAUACAAUGGCACAAAAUAGCCUUUAAUGAAUGCCAUAGAUAGAUUUUUAUAAUCAAUAGCAGUAUUUCAGUUUGGUAUAAAUUAUUUUAUUUAUUCUCUGUUAUGGUUCUUUAAGGUGUGAAACUUAAGAAUGUAGGAAAAAAACUUUGAUUAAGCACAUUUUGUAACUGUAAAUUAGUUGUUGAGACUAUAUAUUAGCAGAGGGCUUCUGCCAGGCAACUUAUAGCUUUUGUGGAAGUCCAGUAAUGCAAACAAAGAUCAAAUAUCUCUGGGAAUCCUGGAAAAUUAUGAUUAAGGUAUGCUACAAAGUUUUCUUUAGAAAUUCCCCCUUCUUUACAAAAGCAGCAUUUUCUGUUUCCAGGAAGGAAACUAAUUCAGAACAGUUAAUGUCACUUCCAUAAUUUUGUAGAUCAGACUGGUCUAAAUGUAAUGAAGCCUUAGAGCUGUGAAGGCGCCAUAAACUUCUGGAUUGUAGUAAAACACUUCUUAUCACUGUACACUGGGAGAAGACCAAGAGAUGAAGCACGGUGUUUGUAGGAAAUGGCACUUUAUUUUACCUAUGUUUUAGUAAAAUACACCCAAUUGUCUUUUCCUCACACUCUAAAUUGUUUAAACACUGUGACAAUACCAUAAGUUACCAAACUGUUACAUGUUGCAGUAUCUUUCACAUAUUACAGUUUUAUGGGUGGUAGGGUCUGUUUGCUGAAGUGUAUCCCUUAAAUUAUGUAUUUAUUUUAUUUUUGUUUGUUUGUUUAAGUGAGUAAGUGAAAUGGUCUUCUUUACAUCCUUUGUAACAAUAACUUGGGCAAACUAAAUGCUUACAUAUUGGACAUUUUUUUAAUUGAACAGGUCAUACACCAUGUUUUGGAGAGGUGAGAGGAAACUGGAGUUCAUAGUUCAUACAUUCAAUAGAUUAGAUAAUAACUGUAAUAGAUUACAGUUGUCAAGCUUACAAUAUGCUGGCAUUCAAUAAACUCAGUUGCCAUAACCUCAUGUUGACAUUUUCCAUAUACAGUAUGUGUCAAGACUGUUUUUGAAGGAAGUUACAAAAUGAAUUGUUCUUUCUGUAAGAGAAAGCUUAUUCCAUGAUCUUGGAGGCUAUGUUUGAUGAAUAUGUCACAUUUUUUCUAUUAUUGAUAUUUAUUUUUGGGGAAUUAGUGUCCCUCAUCUGGUGUUAGGACCUUCAACAGUAAAAUUCCAGACAUAAGCUUUCAGGUGGAACGGCAUCAUGUAUGACUUUAUAAAUCAAGUGGUGGUCAAAAGAGCUAAAUAAAGUAAUAUAUUGACAGUU